AUGAUGAAACGUUGUUGUAAUCUUUUUGGAAGAAUAACUUCCGGCUUGAUGAUUCGCCAGAAAUUAUCAGAUAAUUCCGCAAAGGCUUUUCCGAUGAGAGGAAAAUACUUGGUAGUUUCACCAUCAUGCUCGUCUUCCUUGUUGUUUAGAGGAGUCCAAGUGUCUGCCAAGUGGAAUGAUGUAUGGGGAUUAUUUGAAAAUUCAAGUCCUUCUGUGCGGAAUUUCUCAACAAGCUAUAAACAAUACUUGGAACGAGAGGAGAAUGAAAAAGUUGAGGCACAACAUGUUGCUGAUCGUUCGGAUUGUAUUGUAGAGGGAACACACGAGAAUUUUCAAGCAAUUAUUGAAUCUGGAGAGCCAAUUAUUGUUGACUUUUAUGCUGAUUGGUGUGGACCAUGUAAAAAGCUUGGACCUGCUCUUGAAAGAAACACACUCAAGCAUGGGGGAGUUUUCAAAUUGAUUAAAGUGAAUAUUGAUGAACAGCCUCAGAUUGCCGAAGCAUUCCAGGUUCAGGAGGUUCCAACUGUGCUAUUUAUUAUGGAUCGAAAGCUUGUAGAUCGAUUCAAGGGAGCUAUACCUGAUGAAAGUGUUGCUCAAACUCUCGACAACUUUGCUCAGUAUGUGACCAGAACGAAGGGUGGAGGCUCAUUCGAACAGCAACAACAAGGUCCUACUGUUGAUGCUGACUCUCCCGAAUAUCUCUUGGGAAUUGCAGCGCAAUUAAUGAAGAAUGGAGAGCUUGAUGAAGCUUCAAAGGUUUAUAGUCAAAUAGUAGAAAAAUCAAUGGAUCAAGAGUUGCCAGAUUUUGCUGCUAAGGGAUUGUCAGGACUUUUAACAAUUUCACUUUGUCAAUACAAAAUGGAUGCAGCUAAAAGUAUUGUUUCCAGACUUCAAAAAGAUCAUAUUGAAUUAACAAAGACUGAUAAAGAGAUUUCUGAAGCCAUCUCUCUCUAUGAACUCUAUAAGGAGGCAGGAGAUGAAGUGGUUAAGGCCAUUCAUGAAGGAAAUCCAAUAGAAACCCUCAAAACAGAGAAGGAGAAGGUUCUGUAUUUAUUCUUAUUGGGUCAUGCAAAAGAAGCCAUUGAGCACGGAAUUUCCUUGCUAAAAAAGAGUGCUACAAAGGCUGAGGGAAGAGCAGCCCUCGUUCGUAUUUUAGAUUGUCUCGAAAAGAAGGAUGACAAGAAGAAGUUGGUUAUUGACACGAGAAAGAGGAUGGCUAGUUUAUUGUUUUAA